AACCAUAAGUCUAAACCAUCCAUUACUAAAUCUGGUAUGCACUCGAUUUGGAUCCUGAUGGGUUUUGUCAAAUCCAUAUUCAACUCUUUAAUUAAAAUUGGACAUCUAUUAUAUAAUUAACAACUUUUUGUCUAAACCAAACCAAGUACCACGCAAAUUGUUUAGCCAGAAUCUUUGUCCACUUUGGACCUAAAGGCAAAGCUACGUAAAUUUAGUUUUAGAUUUUUUUUCCAAAAAAUCACGUAUUAGUUAGAGUUAGAUAUUUUAUUAUAUACUAGAUAUUAUUUAUCUAAACUUUUAAAGUGAAAUAUUAUUUGUAUUCACAAAAAAUAACAGUACCUUUUUCAAAUAAAUUUCCUAAAUAUUUUCAUUGGAACACCACAAUAGUGGAAAGUUUUUAUUUUGUAAAAAGUUUGGUUUCUUAAAAACUAGGGAUUUACCUUUCUUCAAAAUAUUCUACACUCUAUUAUUCUGCUCACGAAUUUGAAUUUAUUUACCAGAAUUAAUGAGCUAAAAGCAUCAAAAACUUAUCUAGAACUAUUCUCAAGAUUUAGUAUCAGUCUUAAAAUGUAUAUUGUUCUCUUUCUCUUAAUAUUCUUAUAGAAAAAAAGAGAAGAAUACUGAUAUGAAAGUAUAGUAGUUAUAUCAUUAUAUAUAUAUAUAUAUAUGCUAUCUUACCAUCUAAUGAUGUACAUAUGUUGGAAAUGAACUUGAAGUUUGAAGAUAACUUAGAGUCCAAGUUAUACUUAUCCUAUUCGAGUUAUGUUUAGGAAAAUAGGUAUUACUAAUGAGUUUACGAACUCUAUAUCUCUAUAUAAGGAGAUGUUAUAUUGUGGCAUAACCUAUUAGUUUUAGAGAUUUUGUGAGAGCUUAAGUUUUGAUAUAGUUUCUUAAUCUAUUAAGAAAAUUAUUCUUAUUGAUCUUUGAGUUCUAAACACUUAUGUUACAAAUCAGAGCCUCUUCGACAUGGGAGAGAUCGAAAGAAGAAAAUUCAAGGCUAAAUUUGCAGACUACAUACAUGUAAUUGUCCAUGCCUUGAGUCUUGACAAUUAAGAUUUAUGAUAUAUGUAUGGAGAAAUAUGUGAAACUAAUUAUUAUAAUGGAAACACACAGAAAAGACAUCUUUCAAAUGCGCCAAAACUUCAGUUAUCUACUGGUUGAAUAAUCUAAAUGGUUUAACUUAGGUGUAUAAAAGAAGGGAACAAAUAAUGUAUAAACGAAAAGUACGAACAUUAUCCAAUAACACGGGUCUAUAAAUUCUUCCACAACCACUGAAUUCACUCUCACUUCUAUCAAAAGCCUCUUGGUCCUUUGGUCUUUUUAUUCAUCACCAUCUCUCUCUUAGUCUCUUCUUCUCAUUUCUCUCGCUCUCUCUUAUACAUACAUACACACAAACAAAGCUAAUGGACUGAAAUAUAUAAUAAUAAAAAGGAACAAAUAAUGUCAAAUAUAAUGAAGAAGAGGUGUAAUGAAAAUGAAGAGAGCACAGAGCAGAGAAAAGGGCCUUGGACGCUUGAGGAAGACACUCUUCUCACUAAUUACAUUGCCCAUAACGGUGAAGGCCGAUGGAAUCUGCUAGCCAAAUCUUCUGGGCUAAAGAGAAAAGGAAAAAGUUGCAGAUUACGAUGGUUGAAUUACCUUAAACCCGACAUAAAGCGAGGGAAUCUCACUCCUCAAGAACAACUCUUAAUCCUCGAACUUCACUGUAAAUGGGGUAAUAGGUGGUCAAAAAUUGCGCAGUAUUUACCGGGAAGAACGGACAACGAGAUCAAAAACUAUUGGAGGACUAGAGUGCAGAAACAAGCACGCCAGCUCAAUAUUGAUUCCAGCAGCCACCAGUUCUUGGAAGUUGUCCGUAGUUUCUGGGUUCCAAGAUUGAUCCACAAGAUAAAAGAUAACACAAACACCAACACUAGAGCUCCUCCUACGGAUUCACUUGGACCGGUCUUACAAGACAAUAAUUUCUCACAUAAUUUGGGUUUAAACAACAUAGAUUGUUCCACUUCCAUGUCUCAAGAUCUGGCGAAAAUUUCACAGUUAAUGGAUUUGUCUGAUCUUGAAACUACCAGUUCAGUGUGCUUGGAGGGGUCAAGAGGGAGUAGUAAUCAAUAUGUGAAUGAAGAUUCUAGAUAUUUCCAUUGCCUAGAGGAGGAGUACAUAUUUCCCACUAUGGGCAAUUCAGACAUUUUACCAUUGCAGGAUUGUCACGUAGCAGAUUCGACUUACGAGGAGGAUGUGACACAAGAUCCAAUGUGGAACAUGGAUGAUAUUUGGCACUUUGAGGAGUACGCACCCUUUAAUUAGGUUGUGGAACCCAUUAAAAUGGAUGUUGUUACAACCUCCAAGGAGUUUCUAAGUAUAGUAUCAUCUUAUUUUUUGCUUGUUAUAGUUUAUAGUUAAAUAUUGAUUAAUUGAUAUAAAGUUCAAAGAGAGCUAAUGAAAAACUGUUGCGUAA